AACUUCCCUGCGCAGGCCGAUCGACUGGCUGCUGGGCUGCUUCGCAUUGGGCUGCAACCAGGUGAUAUGUUGGGGCUCUGCGGCCCAAAUUCAGUGGAGUGGUACAUCACCAAUUUAGCAGCAGCCCGAGCUGGACUCGUCACCGUAAAUAUAAAUCCAGCCUAUCAGACUCCUGAAUUGGAGUAUUGUUUAACAAAAGCAAGAGUAAAUGCACUUGUUGUUCCCGAUAAAUUUAAAACUCAGAAUUAUCCUGAGAUGGUAGCAGAACUUGUUCCUGAAAUAACAUCUUGCAUACCAGGGAAAUUGGAAAGUAAGAGAUUGCCUUGUCUAAAGUCUCUUAUUAUCAUCAGUGAUAAGAAAUUCCCAGGAGCUGUUACUUACGAGAGCUUAAUGGAAUCAAGCACUGACGGUGAUGUAUCUCGCAUUGAGACGCUACAAGAUUUAAUAGAUCCGGAUUCACCGUGUAACAUGCAAUUCACGUCAGGCACAACUGGGCAACCAAAAGGCACUGUUUUAAGUCAUCACAGCAUCGUCAAUAAUGCGUACUUUACAGGAAAGCGUCUAGGAUUUGAUAAGAAACCACAUCGAAUUUGUUUGCCAAUUCCGAUGUUUCAUGGCUUCGGAAAUGGAAUUGGAAUUAUCAACGCUCUGCAUUUUGGAUGUACGUUAGUACUUCCUUCACCUACCUUUCAAGCAGAAACAUCUAUUAACGCCAUUGAAAAAGAAAGGUGCACCGCUAUCUUUGGAACACCCACAAUGUUCGUCGAUAUACUAUCCAAGAACGAAAAUCCUCAGACGUUUGAUUCACUGGAAAUCGCGCUUACGGGAGGCGCUCCUACGCCUCCACAUCUCAUUCAGAAAAUAGUUGAAUCCUUGUCCUUAGAAAGAUGUGUGUUAGCACUGGGCAUGACUGAAACCGGUCCAACCACAUUUCUUCACCUACCACAAGAUUCUAGAGAGCGUUGUGCCACCACAGUUGGCAAAGUAAUGGAUCACACGGAGGUGAAGGUUGUUGACAGAAAGGGCGAUAUUGUGCCUAUGGGACAGCCUGGUGAACUGCUCAUUCGCGGAUACUGCAACAUGCUAUAUUAUGGCAAUGAUGAAGAAAAGACCAGAGAAACGAUCGAUUCUAGUCGUUGGCUUCAUACAGGGGACCAAAUUGUUCUUCAUGAAGAUGGCUAUGCACAAGUGGUAGGUCGAAUCAAAGACAUAAUAAUACGAGGUGGAGAAAACAUCUUUCCAAAGGAAAUUGAAGACUUCCUCUCCACUCACCCUGAUAUAUUAGAUUCUCAGGUUCUGGGAAUUCCUGAUGCACGGCUUGGGGAAGAGGUGUGUGCAUGUGUUCGAUUGAACACAGGGAGUAAACUUACUUCAGAAGAAUUAAAAACCUUUUGUAAAGGCAAGAUUGCUCACUUCAAGAUUCCCAAAGUGGUCAAAUUUGUUUCCGAUUAUCCAAGAACUCAAACUGGAAAAGUUCAAAAACAGAAGCUUCGAGACAUUAUUCUGGAUGAAGCUUUUAAUUGACAAUUUUCUUCCUCAAUGGAAUAUGUAAAUGGUACAUUUAAUUCAAACAUUUGUUUACAAAUAAAUUUUUAAUUUUCUUCUGGUGCAACUCAUUUUUAGCAUGUAUAAAUAUCCUCAAUUAAACACAUCACAAUCUCUGUUUAGUAUGCUAUCAAAGAACGUUGGUUUCUCAAAUUUUUUAAUCCAAAUUAAAGUUUAGAGAUUGACCAUACAAAAAUUUCAUAAACUUGUUUUAUUCUAUGCCCCUUUUUGACUUUGUAAAUUCCUGUGAAUGAAUUUCUAUCUGUUAUUUGUUAAACUCUCCCACUCACUAUGGUAACUUUCAAAUUUUAUUGUGCACGUAAAACCAUAUAUCAAAGAAAAAAAUAAAUAUCAACAGAUGCUUAUUUGUUAUUCUUACAUUAGAUUUCUUUUAUUUUCUAAUAACUAAAUGCACUCAUUAAUUUGCAAUUUCCAACUGUAUUUGCUGCCAAUUCUGUAAUGAAAUAUUUCAUUUAAAAUUUCUUAAAAUUUUGCAAUGAAAGCAAUACAAAAUCAUAAAUGUUCAUCAUUCAAAGCAUCUCCCCAACAUAGUCUCCCC